AUGGCUCCGAAGUCCUCCGAGAUUGUUCCAGAUAACGACACACAGAGCAUCCAGCAUGGCACGAUGGACAAGACCAUCAGUGGAGGCCACGGCGACAUCGCUCUCAAUCUCGCUUAUGAGCUAGAUGCGGGUUAUGAGCCUUCUCCCGAAGUAGAGCGUCGAGUUCGUCGCAAGAUUGACUUCAUUCUUCUCCCGCUCAUCUCCUGCACCGCUACCCUGUCCUUCUUGGACAAGGUGUCUAACAACUAUGCAAAUAACUACGGCCUCUCCACGGUCCUCGGCAUGCACGGUGACCAGUUUUCGUGGAGCGCCUCUAUUUUCUAUUUCGCAUUCUUGAUCUGGCAGCCAGCGGUCUCCUACAUGACCCAGCACUUUCCUCUUGGUAAAUUGAUAUCGGUAAGUCUCUAA